UGCUUGGGCUGAGGACCAAUGAGACUGCUAUCUAUAUAAUAUACGUCAGGUGUGAGUUGGUGUGACACAUGACAAACGCACCUUCGCGCAGUCAGUCAUUUUUGGGGUGUCAGUAUUGUUUCGACUUUUCUCGCUGACUGGUUUCGGCUCGGGCUCGCUGUCAUUCAAAGCAAUCUCCACACAUUCCAGGUGCAAAAUAUCCAAUGCCUGGUGCCCGACAAGAUUUAUGUCAGUGAUUAGCAAAAGUAAGCGUGUUCAUUCGAUGUUGUGAGACCUCACGUCCAAGCAACAUUUCAGGUCGGUGAGGUUUACACGAAUGCUCUAGAACGUGCAGAGUUGACAUUUGGGUUCUUAUCAAGCUACCCUGGAUCCAGGAAAUAUUGCACAGUCGAAAAACUGAAAGGACACCACCUCUUUCACCAAAAGGGAGAGAGAGUAUAUUGUCGAAUUCAACGUAAAUUUCUGAGACACUGUUUGAUAACACAAAAUGGAGACGGCCGAAGCAGCUAGGGAGAAGAUGGAAAACGCAAAAGUUGCCAUGUCCGAGUUUAUAGGAACAGCCAAGUCGCGAAUCACGAAUCCAGUCAUACAGCGACGGUUCAUCCUCAUAAUAGUCUGUGUGGCUCUGCUACUCGACAACAUGCUGUACAUGGUGAUAGUGCCCAUCAUUCCCGACUACCUGAGAUCAAUCGGAGCGUGGAAUGAUACUGAUACAACUAUUGUAUCCAGCUUUGAUAACGUAACUAAUACUACGGUCAACACUACCAUUGAAUCCCAUGGAGGUUCCAGAAACGAAGACUUCUACAUUGGUAUUCUAUUCGCAUCGAAGGCCAUCGUGCAGUUGCUGAUAAACCCUUUCUCUGGCACUAUCAUUGAUAGGAUCGGUUAUGAUAUCCCCAUGGUGAUUGGACUAAGCAUUCUCUUCGUAGCUACCACAAUCUUCGCCUGUGGAACAUCCUACGGAGUUUUGUUCUUCGCUAGGAGCAUGCAAGGCGUUGGGUCUGCCUUCGCCGAUACCUCUGGUCUUGCGAUGAUAGCUGACCGGUUCCAAGUUGAGAGCGAGCGAACCAAAGCUCUUGGCAUCGCCCUGGCGUUUAUAUCCUUCGGCUGCCUCGUGGCCCCUCCAUUCGGCGGUGUUUUGUACGAGUUCGUUGGGAAGAAAAUGCCGUUCGUCACGCUAGCGCUGGUAGCAGUCCUUGAUGGGUUUCUUUUACUCUUCGUUAUCAAACCAUACAGUGAACGUCGCUGGCAGAUGCCAAAAGGGACACCCAUCUAUAAGCUGAUAACGGAUCCGUACAUAGCUGUGGCUGCUGGGGCUUUGUCCAUGUCCAAUGUGUCUCUUGCUUUCCUAGAGCCCACCAUUUCAAUCUGGAUGGAGGACACUAUGUCAGCUGUGAGUUGGCAGACAGGAAUCAUCUGGCUACCUGCCUUCAUUCCGCACGUCAUCGGGGUCAUCAUGACUGUCAAAUUUGCCGCUCGCUACCCCCACUACCAAUGGCUCUACGCUGCCAUCGGACUUGUUGUCAUUGGUAUCUGUACAUUCAUUGUCCCAGCCUGUGAGACAUUUGGUGUACUCAUCAUUCCCCUCUGUGGUAUCUGCUACGGAAUUGCCCUGGUAGACACUUCCCUGUUACCAACCCUCGGCUUCCUAGUCGACGUUCGUCACGUCCCAGUCUACGGGAGCGUGUACGCUAUAGCUGAUAUCUCCUACUGUGUAGCCUACGCCAUAGGCCCAGUCCUAGCUGGUCAGAUUGUCCAAAGCCUCGGCUUUACCAACCUCAACAUCAUGAUCGGCGUCUUCAACAUCGCUUAUGCUCCGAUCCUUAUUGUCUUAAGGAAGGUAUAUGACCUGAAGCCCAGGGAGUUUGAAGACACUGUGCUUCUAACGGAGGAGCCAGCCACGGGGCUCUACGAUGCUGUCAAGGCUGAAGCUAAACGCGAAGCCAAAGAAGGUGACCGCUACUAUGUCAACCACAAUGCCUUUAGGAUGCACAAAGUCAACGGUAACAUACCCAACGGCAACCUAGUAGAUAGUGACGACGCUAGCUCCACUGAUAGCAGGAACUUUGGUACUCCAGUUGGAAAUGCUUCACGACCGGAUGACAAUAUUCGGAGAUUUGUGGCUCAGCAACAAGGCUACGGGUCUCUGUCUGAACAAGAAGAUUAGAAUCACAAUUGCUAUGGACUAGUUGAGCUGUUGCUUUGAUAUCAUUAGAGUCAUUAGAGCCUUUGUUAACUAAAUAUGAUAUGAAUGUAGCGGAGGAAAAAUAUAAUUGGUGCCCCAGACUUUAAAUCAAGAGACUUUAAAUCAUGGCUUUCAAGCAGUCUAACAUCUGUGUUAUCAAACGUUUUGUUGGCAAAAUAAACCCUCGUACAUUCGCUUUGGAAUUGAUUUUAAUACAGACAAUGCUAACAAAAGUUGAAGACGCUUUGAGUUUCUUGCCCUCGUUUUGUUCUUCAAAGUGCAAAUGAACAAAAGGCAUGCAUCUGAUUGGUAAAGUGGAUAUUGCUGGAUGACAAAAUGCUCUGUAAGCUUCAACACACAUGCCCCCAAAACUGGACAAAAUAAUAAAUUAUACUUUGUGUCUUUGACAGCGUGUCUAAAUGAGAAUGAUUUUAAUGUCUCUAUAACUAGGGCAUUGCAUAUUUGAAGAAAUAAUACCUGUUAUCAUAAUGUUUGGUAUCGUAGCUGUGAUAUGCUUUGUUAAAACGUUGAACAAUCUCUUUGGUUUUGUGGUAAAUGAUUCAAUGAUUAUAUCC